AUGAUCACAGCUAAGGCGUACGUCCUUAGACGAAUAAAUUCGAGAUUACCAUCACAAGAGCUCCCAUCAGAUACCUGGCCUUCUUCUGAGAUUUCGGAUCUUGCGGAUCCACACUUUCACAAGCCAGGAUCUAUCGACGUGCUAUUAGGUGCAGUUGUAUAUGCGCACAUUAUUCUUGACGGAAUAAUAAAACGAAAUGAGUCUCUGGUCGCUUUGAACUCAAGAUUGGGCUGGCUGGGAAGCGGCGAAGUUGCGCAGUCUAGCCAUCAGUCACACAAUGUAGUUGUUAUGCACACACAAGUCGAAGUUGAUCAGUUGCUACGUCAGUUUUGGGAGAUCAAUGAAUAUUCACCAAACGUGAAGCCUCUGUCAAAACCUGAGAUGCAGUGUGAAGAACAUUUUAAGAAAACUCACACUCGGAACACUGACGGACGAUAUGAGGUUCGCCUACCCUUCAAGGACGAAGACACUCCAAAUUUAGGCAACUCCAGACAACUUGCUUUGAAGCGCUUACAUCAGAUGGAGAAUAAGUUUAAGCGAAGACCCGAGUUUCACAAAGAAUACUGCAAGUUCAUGAGGCAAUAUGAAUCACUCGGUCACAUGGAGGUCGUCCCUAAAACAGAGAAGGAGAAUAGAGCUUAUUACCUACAACAUCACGCUAUUCUUCGUGCCUCGAGCAUGACGGGCUCAUCUACAGAAGAAGACACUCAACGGCUUCAACGUCGCUUAACUGAACUGUUUAAACGUGGCGGUUUUCUUCUACAUAAGUGGUCGUCUAAUAGUGAAACGGUUUUAAGUGAGAUUCCCGAUUCGAAAAAAGCAUUAAAAGUUCAG